GCCGCUCCCAGUCGGUCGCCGAGCCCGAGAAUGAGCUCCUUCGGAACAUUAUUCAAGGUGUCAACGUUUGGCGAGUCGCACGGCGUGGGAGUGGGAUGCAUUGUGGAUGGCAUCCCUGCCAACCUUGCCUUGACAGAGGAGGACGUGCAGCCUCAACUCACGAGGCGGCGGCCGGGUCAAAGUUCGCUAACCACGGCCAGGAACGAGAGUGACACGAUCACGAUCCUUUCCGGCACUGAAAACGGCGUCACUUUGGGCACUCCGAUCGCGAUGAUGGUUCGCAACCAGGACCAGAGGAAGUUCGACUACGCUAACACAUCUUCAGCCCCCCGACCCGGGCACGCAGACUACACGUACCAGGUGAAGUACGGUACGCGUGCCUCUUCCGGCGGCGGCAGAGCGUCCGCGCGAGAGACGAUUGGCCGGGUGGCAGCAGGAGCCGUGGCCGAGAAAUGGCUGAAGUUGGAGCAUGACACGCGAAUCUCCUGCUGGGUGAGCUCAAUCAUGGAUAUCGACCUGCCCAAAGAUGUGGCAAAGGCAUUGGAGAGCGAUCCACCUACACGCGAGGAGAUUGACACUGUCGGUACGCUUGCGGAGGACGCAGA